CUAGCCGGUUCCAACACAGCAAAGCAAAACCCCAAAAGGAUUGGGCAACUAAAAAAUGACGUGGUUUGAGAAGGGGAGGGGCGCUAGUCAUGCUAUUGCUAUAUUGUAAGAAAAGCACAACUGAGUUUAGCCAGGGACUUGGUUUAGCCUUGCCAGUGGAGGAAGACGUAGAUGUGGAUCACUGUGUGGCGUGUGGUAGCUCGUUACCAGCUUUUUCCCGUUGAUUUUAAACAUUUUAGAAUGGCAAGUACUCAAGUAUUAUUCCAGUUUCUACUCAUUAUUUCACUUAUGUCAAUUUGCUCAAUAUUUGUGCUCCAAUAUCCGCAGGACCAUGCAAGAUGGACACAAAUUCUGGAGGAAGGUCCUAACCACCUUCCAAAAAUAAAAAAUAGCCUGAGGGAUAUGUCCAAAUUAUCAACAGAUUUGGAAAAAUGGAAGCAAUCUACAGCAAACGAGACGCAAUUUACGAAAAAGCAGGCCGAAUCUAUGAAAAACAGGAUGGAAUUGAUUGCUAACAGACUCAAAGGGAGUGUUGAAAAAGUAGAAUAUGAUGUUCAAAACAUGGAUGUAACUUUGACUCUCAACGCAAUUACUGAGGUUCCUUUGGAAGAGAAUCGCCUCAUCCACAAGAUUCAACGAGCUCUGAGGCACCCGGAAGAGGAAUGUGUUAUCAGGCUUGCCAAGUAUUGCGCCACUCGUUGCGAUCAUUUAGUGCAAGGCAAUCACUCAAGAGAAUGGACGCGAUUCGAUUGUGAUUUUGUCAGUUCUUGCCGUAUAGAAACUCGUUUCGAGGGGAAUCUAACAACCCACAUCAUGCAGACCGUCGAUGUGCUCCUCGUGGUCGACUCACUUCACGAUGGACUGCAGCUGAAGACGUUGAUGGACAUACGUUCUAAAGGACAGCUCUGGGUUCUUUACUCCAGAGAAAACCCCAUUCACGAUGCCGAGUAUGCUCCUCCAGGUCUAACGGGAAACCCUUUUAAUCUCACCAUAACCUACUCGAGAGACUCUGAUAUUCCUUUCCCAUACUGCUUUUUUCAGAAGAAAAAAGUUCGCCCUCCUCCCAUACCAAAGAAGUCUAAAUUGAUAGCCUGGAUGGCUUCUAAUUGUCACCUUUUGUCUUGGCGGCGAGGUCAGUUCGUCAAGGAACUUCAGAAACACAUCUCGGUUGAUACCUACGGUAAAUGUGGCGACAUGGGGCAGCUCCCCGUCCAGGAUGCUGCUGAAACCCUGAAGCAAUACAAAUUUUAUCUGGCUUUUGAGAAUAGUGAAUGUCGAGAUUACAUUACGGAAAAAAUCUGGAGAACUUGUCUUCUUCAGGGUAUUGUGCCGAUUGUCUAUGGAGCAUCAAGAGAGGAUUAUGAGCAAGUGAUGCCUAGGAAUUCUUUCGUUCAUAUAGAGGAUUUCAGCAACAUGAGCACGUUUGUUGAUUACAUUCACGCUCUAGACUCAGAUGCAGACCGUUACAAGAAAUAUUUUGAUUGGAGAGCAGAAGGUAUGGUCAAUUGUAUAUCUGCUAGAAAAUUUAUAAUGAAUUCCCCUGAAGUGUCUUUGUGUUAUCUUCUAAGGAAGCUGAUCCAUGUCUACAUCCAUCCAGAAACAUCGUGGAAGAAACAAACGCCAGACUUCGCCUCCUGGUGGAGAGGACAAUGCCGUGAAGUGACUGCCAAGAGAAAUAUCUUAGGAUUCCCUGUUCAUCAAUAAAGAGAUAACUCACGUUUAAAGGUAAAGACCAGUAUUGGAAACGCCCCAAUUUCAAAAAAUGAAAUGGAAGCUCUCAUUACCAAUCAUG